UGCCCUCCCAGAGAAGACCCAGUUCAUUUUCACGUGUCUCUCUCUCUCUCAUUCAACAAGUCUUUCUGUGGCGUUGCAGCCUUAACCUUAACCCCUUUGGACCAUAACAAACAAAGCAACCUGCAAAACCUUCUGCAUCCAUUCUCUUCUCACCCUCUUUCCUCUUUUAUACCAACAUCAACAACAAAGCAAAAAGAAAAAAGCUUCACUCAGAAAUGCCCUUCUCUCAUCACUCUUUCGUUCACCUCCUUAUAGCUAUAAACCACUAGCCAUGACUAUAGCUAGCUACCAUAUUUGAUGCCCUUGUUAUUUCAUACCCUCCUUGCACACGCUUUGCACCUAACUAGAAAAAGAAAGAGAGAGAGAUAGAGAGAGAACAUGUUCUGCCAUAACAACAAUAUCAGAGAGCAAAAUGGAAAUAGUAACAGUAACAGUUUUGCUUUCUAUUCAUCAUGGGAGCCCAUUACUGCGGCGGAGAGCUCCGCCGCCGCCACCCGCCACCAUCAGCUACCACUCUACGGAGGAGGUGGGUCCCACGUGUACCCAGACCCACAUCUCACAUGCUUGUACCUAGGUAAGGGGCAUUACUUUGAGGAAACUAAUGUUGCUAAUGCUACUCAUCUGGGAAAGCGACACGUUUACAGUGAUGGUUUUGGCUUUGAGGGUAAUAAUAAUAAUAAGAGAGGCAAAGCCUACUGUGGAAGUGGUGGAGCUGCACCGUUUGCGGCGGCGAUGGUGCCAAGAUGUCAGGUGGAGGGGUGCCACGUGUCACUGUUGAACGCCAAGGAGUAUCACAGAAGGCACAAAGUUUGUGAUAUGCAUUCCAAGGCACCCAAAGCUGUAGUGUUAGGGAUGGAGCAGAGAUUCUGUCAGCAGUGUAGCAGGUUUCAUGUGGUAACAGAGUUUGAUGAUUCAAAGAGGAGUUGUAGGAGAAGACUGGCUGGCCAUAAUGAGAGAAGAAGAAAGAGCUCUCAUCAUUCUGUUACUAGGAAUUCUAAACAAGGGUGUGCUCUCUCUCUUCUGUCAUAUGGGAGUGAAUAUUCAUGGCUUUCUCAUGCUGAUCUCUCCAUAAGGUGCAGUGCAGCAUUACGUGAAUUGAUAGCUGAAAACCGUGCUGCCCUCAUGACUAGGAAGCUUGUUUUAGAUAGAGACUGGAAUUUUCCCCAUCACGCAGUGGAAGACUUUAAGGACAUACAACCUGACUCCGAUUAUUUUCCACAACAAAUCUUUCCCCAGAAACAAUAAUAAUGGUUCUAAACUUGGCCUGAGGUUGUUAUCCACCAAUUUGGAUUCUCUCAUUUUUUUUUCUUGUGUUAAUUAUAAGAAAGAAAGACACAAAAAUAUAGUAGGACUCAUCUUUAUUUGUGUUGGGUAAUUAAAUUUGAUUUUGUGUCUUUUUUUCUCAUUACAUGCUUGUGUAAUAAGAGGAAAACAUAAAAGGAGAAUCCGAAUCUCUUAUCCAUGUAUUGUAGCCAUUUAUGGACUGCCUAAUAAUUGGGAGGUAUUUUUGUCUAUGCUUUCCAAAUCUUUUAUUUGCUAAAAAUAAAGUUUAGAAAACUUUUUUC